AUGUCUUCUGGAAGUGAAAGUGAUGAGGACUAUGUGCCAGGAGAACCUGAGAAAGUGUCAGAAGAGGAGUCUGCUGAUGAACAAACCGAUUUGCAGUAUGAAAAGGAGCUUGACCACAAUACAAAGAAACGAAAAUCAAAAUUACCAGCAAAAAUUAAAAAGAAAAUGAAAACAAAGAAUAGUACAAAUGAGAUUGUCAGUGAUGAAACAGAAGGUAAAGAUGAUGAACUUCCUAAAUUAAAUCCAGAAGAAGACAAGAAAAAAGAGGACGAUUUGUGGGCUAAGUUCUUAGAGGGCACAGACACUGUACUUAAACCUAAGGUAACGGAGUCAAACAACACUACAAAAUCAAUGGAAAAGAAUCAAACAGAAUCUAGUAAUAUUCCUAUUAAUAAAAACAUUAAGGAGAAAGAAGAUGAUAAAGACAGAGAGAAACGGAUAUUUGAAUUUGCUGGAGAAACUAUUGUUGUUGAAAAUAACGUUAUAAAAGAAAAAAUUAAAACAUCUGACAAUCCAGCUACAGUGAGUAAGCUGGAAGGGCCAUCACGUAGCCGAGGCGCGGGCUUGUCAAAUGUGCUUGGCCAGUUAAAUAAGAAAAAUAAACUUUCUACAUUAGAAAAAUCCAAACUGGAUUGGGAUACGUACAAGAAGGAAGAAGGUAUCGAAGAAGAAAUCGUCAGUCACAAUAAAGGCAAGGCUGGAUUUUUGGAUCGUCGAGAUUUUCUGGAGAGGACGGACGUACGCCAGUACGAGAUCGAGAGAGAUUUGCGUAUGAACAAAAGGAGCAACCGA